AUGAGGGAUAAGCCACCAGUUAAUGGCAACGGUCACGCAUUUAACGAAGGAGCAAACGGCUCUGGCUCAGAACUUACUACUGUCUUUCCCAACGUGAAUGGAAAUCAAACCUAUUCAAAUGAGGGAGAGCGACAAGAACCAACAUCAAGGUACAUCGCGAGACCCAAUUUUGGCUUGAUCGACUUCACACUACUGGACACUUUAGGUACUGGGACGUUUGGUCGAGUGUAUCUUACCAAAUUUAAACAUACAGAGAAUUAUUAUGCAAUGAAAGUAUUGAAAAAACUUGAAGUUGUACGACUCAAGCAAGUGGAACACAUUAACUCGGAAAAGCUAAUCCUUAGUCAAGUUCACCACCCAUUCAUCGAUGAUCGAAAUUUAUAUAUGCUACUUGAAUACGUUAUUGGCGGAGAACUUUUUUCCCAUCUACGGAAAGCCGGGCGGUUUACCACUGAUAUGACACGAUUUUAUGCAGCAGAAAUCGUUCUUGCUAUUGAAUAUUUGCAUUCUAAAGAUAUAAUUUAUCGAGAUUUAAAACCAGAAAACUUAUUAUUAGAUUGUAGAGGCCAUGUUAAAAUCACGGACUUUGGUUUCGCAAAAAGAAUCGAGGAUCGCACCUGGACGUUAUGUGGCACGCCAGAAUAUCUGGCGCCGGAAAUUAUUCAAAGCAAAGGUCACGGAAAGCCCGUGGAUUGGUGGGCGCUAGGAAUUCUAAUAUUUGAAAUGUUAGCAGGGUAUCCACCAUUUUUCGAUGACAAUCCAUUUGGCAUUUAUGAAAAGAUUCUUGCCGGAAAGAUACAAUUUCCAACGCAUUUUGAUCCAAAUGCUAAGGAUCUCAUUAAACGUCUACUAACAUCUGAUCGUACAAAACGACUGGGUAACCUUCGGGGUGGUAGUGAAGACGUGAGGAAGCAUAAAUGGUUCCGUGGUGUAGAUUGGCAAGGGUUAUACGAAAGACGUGUACAAGCACCGAUUGUUCCACCAUAUCAACAUCCAGGUGAUACUAGUAAUUUUGAAAAAUAUCCUGAACCUUCAGAUGAAGAGAAUAAUGUUAGUAGUCCAGGUAUUUUACCGGGCGUUGAUCCUUAUCGACAUUUGUUUUUAAAUUUUUGA